UCCUGACACUGUGACUUUGAGGCUGGAUCACACGUAAGCAAGAAAAAAGCCAAAGCUGUCGGCUAUUAAGCACCCGCAGUAGGUAAAAACUCAGAUUUUAUGAAAGACCUAUCUUUUAUCUAUCAAACUGCGAAAUACAAUGACUUUAAGUUGUAUAUUUCACGGGGUAAUUCGUCGGAGGAAAAACUGAAACCGAAGGGAUCAUAACACGGACGCCAUCUUGUUCGUGAUAAAGCAAAACAAGCCAGAUUUUCCUGAUAAUUUUAGGACAGCAUGGCGCUGAUUAAGGCAAGAUGGUGCUAGACUAUUGAGGCAUGGUGCUGCACCACGCUAAAACAAGCUAGGGAAAACACUAACACAUUGGAAGAACCAGGCGGUCCAGAGUUCACUAAUAGGAUAAAUGGAACAGAACGGCAAUCAGAAUCUGCCACCCACCACUCUAUGCCGUGCCGGAUGCGGUUUCUACGGAAAUGCCACGUUUGAUGGGAUGUGUUCCAAGUGUUACAAAGAUGCCUUGAAACGUAAACAGAACUCGUCUCCCGUGAGCAGCGGCCGGGUGACGCCCACCACAGCGGCAUCAGGUGAGCCAGACAAGGUCUCCAGCAUGACUGCGACCUUGGCUCAUACAAGCUUAGGAUCUUCUCUCCCGACUCUCUCUGAGCCUGUGAUUUCUUCCAGCAGCUCUACCGGUGGUUCGCCCGUCACCAACACCACACCCAGUGUGGAGACUGCCACACCCACAGUUUCAGUUCCAAACAGCAGUCACGAAAAAGAAUCAGAAAAAUCACUUGAUGAUGGAGCCUGUGGUGGUUCUUCGACUUCAGAUGAUAACCCGUCGCCGGGUGAUGAAGGCGAUAAAAAACCAAAGAAGAACAGAUGUCAUACUUGCAAAAAGAAGGUUGGACUCACUGGCUUUCAAUGCCGUUGUGGAGGCUUAUAUUGCAGCUUGCAUCGAUAUUCAGAUAAACACAGUUGUACGUUCGACUACAAGGAGUUGGCGCAACAACAGAUUAGAAAAGCAAACCCUGUUGUAGUGGGCAAGAAAAUUCAAAAAAUCUAGACUAAUGGAUGCUGGUCUAUGCAUGUGUGGGAGAUAUAUGAACAUAGAUAUAUAAAUAUAUUUUUUCUUCAUCUUUGUUUUGAGAAUUUUUUUUCGACAAACUGUGUCGCUUGGCUGUUUUUACCCACCAUAUAGCUGAAGAACUUAAAUAAGAUUAUGUUGUGCCGGACGCCUUCAUUUUCUUCAGAUAGGACUGAGUAUUAAAAGCAGGUUUGUGUAGCCUGUGGCUGGAGAGAAAAACACUGUUAUUCUUUUUGUUGUUUUUUCAAUGGAAAUAAUCAAUUUGGUUAUCUCAACUACUACAUUACUAUUUAAGUUGUGUGUAUUCCAGGAUUUAUUGAGGACAAAUUGUACCUGUUCUUUCCAUGUUGGUAUUUAAUGUGUGUGUAUGUGUGUGUGUGUAACCAUGGCACUUUGAUGGUACAUUUAGCCUAUUAUGUGUACACAUUGACCUCUUAUCAUUUAUUUUGUUUACCAGUCGUUGAUAUUUUUACGAUGUAUUACAUUACACUAACACACUUUUUGGUUUUCUGUAUGCUGUUCAUGCAUAUUGGAUACUGCAGCAGGUUAACAGUUGCCUCCCUUUCACUCCAAAGUCCUGCAUAAAGGAUUAUUACAAAACAAGAUGCGUUAUGGAUUUAAAUCUGCUUUGCCAUUCUACAGUCUAUAAAUUCAUUUCAUGCAAAUGGUAAUUUUUUUUCAUGUAAUGUAAAUAUUAAUAUUUGUGUGCAUAAUCCCCCACACGUUUGGUAAUACUUGACCCAAACGUGUAAUCUUAGGUGGGGAUAAGCAACGGCUAAGUUCAAGUUGAUCACUUGAAGAAUUCUAAGCUACCACACAUCCUGACAAUUAAAUCUGUUUCUAGUGUGUACUUAACAAAGUUCAGUACAAUCAAAGUGCCAAACUAUGAACACCCAAAAAUACUGGAUAUAGAGAAAUUGUUAUUCAGGGGUCAUCUUCUAGGGGUGGGGUGGGGUGGGGUGGGGGUGGGCACAAGGCAAGUGUUGCCUUUUGUUUAAUAACAACAAUUAGGACACCAAGACAAUUCUAGUUUGGUUCCUAAAAUUCAGGAUGAAAGAAAUGUUCACAAAUUGUGCCAAACCAUCAAUUCUUUAACAAAUUUUAAAGCUAUAUUUUGUAAUUAUGGAUACAUAUUUACAACAUGGGAUGUAUGGGAGGGACACGGUGGCAAACCAGGUAGGAACACGUCAUUUUUAUUGCCAUCCACAUCAAAUUGUCUGGGUACAGUGACAAGUAGCACAGCCAUUUCAGUAGCUGUCAGUGCCGUAAGAAAGAAAAAAUUAAGUACCAUACAAUUUUAUGGAGGACCAUUUACCUUUAAAGUUGUUAGGCAGUUUGAAGGUUAACUUUAUAAUAAAGGUCAUUUCGGUGUUUUAAAUGCUUUUGCUUCCAAUAAAGGCCAUUCGGAGUUUUAAACAUGGAAAAUCCUUAAUUAAAACUGAUAUUUUACCACUGAGUAGUGGGAGACUGCAAUUUUACCCAUCUGUGGCUGUGUAUUGUAAAUGAUUAAGAAUAUGAUAUUCUUGUUUUGGAAUAAAGUUUCCAACAUUUAGUAGUAUUUUGUAAGAUCCCUAAUAAGGCCAUAAAAAUCACAAAAAUAAAUAAACAUUAAUUGUGAAUGUGUGUGGUGUUUCUUUUACAUGACACAAGCAUAAUCGAAAUGAAAAUUGAAAUAAAUAACAUUAGAUGUUUAUGAAAUGAAUCCCAUAUAAUAAAAUUUUACAAAAAACCUCGUAAUUUUCUGCACCUCUGCUAAUUGAUUAUUGUAGAACAUAUGAGCAGUUUGAUUGCAAAUUCUGUGAGUAUUUUUCACAAAUGAUUUACAAUGUUUAUAACAGCAUUUAAAUUACUGGCUAGAAUUUGUUUUAAUUAUAAAUUUUUUAAUACAUAUUUCAUUUAAACACUUCGUUCUAAUCAUGCAGCAUUAAAUACACAAUUUCAACAAGAUCUGUUAGAUAAGGGACAUAACCAGUCAGUAAAUACUGAAGUUUGUAAUUAUUAUUUUAAAAACCGCUUUGUUUUGACUAAAACAAAUUUAUUGAAAAGAAAAGAAUAUAAAAUUUCACAUAUAGUAAUACACGUCUGAAUUGGAAAGCAAAAGCCUUGUCAUUAUUGUUUUACAUUGCUCACAAACUACGAUUUCCCAAAAUACAAUUCAUUUUCAUAUUGAAGAUGGUCAUAAUGAGCUAUAAUAUCCACACGUGUAAUGAGACUUAAAUCGUCCAAGAAAUAGUUUUGUGUGCUAACAGCUGUCCACAGCACUGUCUGUGUUUGCAUUGUUACUUGCAUGAAAAAUGAAAGUGGAAAUAACAGUAUACAGUACCUAGAUUUAAACUAUAUAGUUAACACUUAUUGUAAGUUAACCUUCAAAACUAUAUACAAGUACAUAGAUUUAAACUGUAUAGUUAACACUUAUUGUAAGUUAACCUUCAAAACUAUAUACAAGUACAAAAUUCCUCUGCUUAGAGUAUCUGAAUAAUAACUUUUGGAACUUAAUUAACCUAUAGUCGGCCCCAUCCUCCUACAAAAAUGUCCCUUUUUUGUAAAUAAUUACAGUUUUGUUUGACGCAAUAGGAAAAGUAAAAGUGUUUUGGAAAUAACAAAAAAGACUAUUUUUGUGUCCAAUUUAGAAAACGUAAAUUCCAUGGCAUGAAAAAAGGCGUUCCCUGUGGGUUAAACAACAUUGCAUCUUUUGUUUGUUAAUUUAACCUAAUCGCUGUUAGCUGUGCUUAUGGUAUUCAGUAUGAUUUCAUGAUUCAAGUGGGACAAAACAGGCUGCUAAUAGUUAUGAAAUUGUUUGAACAUUGGUUUGAAAACCACUACAUUUUAUUUGUUUUUGUGUAGACAAAUUAUAAAAGAAAGGCUAAAAAAAAAAAAAUUCUAUUGUAAAGUGUUUCAUUUAAAACUAAAUUCUAUUUUUUGAAUGAUUGCAACAUAUUGAUACUGGUACUUGCUACACAUUUGUAUUCAGUACUAUUUCCCAAGCCAAAAUCAGACUGCCAUUUACUUUUUUUUCUUUCUUUGUUUUUACUUUUUUUUUUAGUUGGAAAAUUCUGGAUUUAAAUUUAAUUUUUUUUUUUUUCAUUUUACCUUCAAAACCAUGACCCUUAAUCCAAAUUUGUUUUUGAAGUUUGCAUGAAAAUUCACAAUGUAAUGUAAUCAUGCUAAAUGCCUUAAAACGUGUGUGUGUGAAGUGAUAUUUCACAGGUUAAUUUUUUUUCCUUAACCAAAGAAGAUGCAAUAAAAAUAAACCCCAUUAACCAUUAAUUCUAAACUUAUAGUUUUUGCCAAUUUAUUAUAUAGUUUAUUCAUCACAUUUAAUAUUGGUGAAUAACAGCUUGAAUCCUUUUGUUAUAUUUCCCCUUGUGUGCUGAUGAUGCACAUUGGUGUAUUUUGUCUUUCAUAAUUUUAAUAUGAUUAUCUCAGUAACAGUGUUAGCCAGGGCUUGAAAUUAUUUAGUGGCCAGCCAGCAUAUCCACUGAUGAAACAGAUGAUUAACCAGUGUCAACGCUAGAUAUUUAUCAUGUUAAAAGUUUCUAAUAUUUGUAUAAUAAAUUAUACUGGAGAAUUGCUUUCCGAUUUUAUCUGCAUGUUAUUUGUUUUGGUCAAAUAUCAACAUGGUAAUAACUGUUGCACUAGUUUCUGUGUCCAGUUUUGCCAUCAGGUAUGGAAAAUGUUUAAUCUUGGAAGAAGAGAUGGGGAAAACAAGAAAGAUAGUAUACCCCGGUAAAUCUUGGUUAUUAAUAAAUGUAAAAGUGAAAAACCUAGACUCUUUUUUUUUUUUUUUAUGCCUGUUGUAAUAAUGAGUAAAAAUGCCACUCAUUAUUAUAUAUCUAAAGACACACAUAAUGUGUGUGUUACUAUUUAUAGCUAUAACAAUACAUUUUAAUUAUUACAGAUCUGUAAAGGAGUAAGUUUUUGAUUUGCAGGAAACCAUUUACUGUGAUACUGUUGAUUGUAGAAAAUUCACUUAUGUAUGCUAGUGCAGCAUUGCGAUGUUAAUUUGAAAGCCUGGUUACCAGUAUUGUUAUUUGUGCUGCAUGAUAACAUGUGUUCACUUGGAGAGGUGGAUUACAAACUGUAAUGAAAUAUAUUGGUGUGGCCUUGAAUAUGUCUGGCAUAUUGUCACAUACAUUCAAGGUGGUUUUUAUUUCUUUAAUAAAAAAACAAUUACA